AUGGAUUGCAAAUGUUUUCCAUGGCAAUUCGAUUGUCAUUUCGGGAUACCGCGGUGUAUUUCACAGUUUAAAGUUAACGAUGGUGCAAUUGAUUGCAUAUCUGGAUUCGACGAAGGUUGUCCACCACAUAAUUUUGUUUGUGCUGAUAAGAGUGCAUGCAUAAAUUUUUCCAAAUAUCAAGAUGGUAUACCACAUUGCAAGGAUAAAUCGGAUGAACCAUGUCCAGCUGGUGAUUUUUUAUGCAACGAUCAUUCACAAUGUAUUAAUGGGAAAUAUUUCCAAGAUGGUAUUGCUAAUUGUAAAGAUGGCUCAGAUGAAGAAUGUACGGUUACCCAAUUUGAAUGUAGUUGUGGUUCAAUACGUUGUGUAGAUGGUGAAGUAUUAAAAGAUGGUAAAAAUGAUUGUGAAGAUGGUUCUGAUGAAACUGGUCCAUUAACAGCAAAAUUUUGUCCAAAUGGUAAUCCAAUACGACAAAGUCGAGCUAAAAAUCGUACCGUACUCUAUUCAACAUAUAGCGCAAUUGCACAAUGUCCAGAUCCAUCAGUUUGUAAUGAUCAAUUGGGUGAAAUAUGUAUUAUGGUUGGUGGUGCAACACAUUGUGUUUGUAAGAAAGGAACCAUACGACCGCAUGGUUCACCACGAUGUGUAUUAGAACCAUUACUUCAACAAUAUCUUAAUAAUAUCAUCGGUAAUUGUACCGAAAUUCAGAAGGAUCUAAUCGAAAUUUACGGCGAAAAAAUAAGCUUUUCACAUGAUUCAUCACAUUUAACCUAUGCACGUAAGGAGACAGAAUGUAAUCCAAAUUUGAAAACUUCAUGUAAAGGUUAUGGUGAGAUAUGCUUAUCAGAUUCAUCUGGUCGUUAUCGUUGUACAUGUGCAAAUAAUGCUACUCGUAUAGAUGGCAUUUGCUUGGUAAAUGAAUGUGCUAGCCCAGAAUUAAAUGAUUGUGAUCCAAAUGCAUCAUGUAUGGAUAGCAUAUUAUCAUAUGAAUGUUUCUGCAACGAAGGCUUUAUUGAUACAUCAAUUUCACCAAAAACACGGCCCGGCAUUAAAUGCGCAAAAUUGGUGGAUGAAUGUGCAUCAAAAGAAACGAAUCAAUGUGAUGAAAAUGCGGAAUGUAUUGAUAAGCCGAUUGGUUAUACAUGUCGUUGUCGUAGUGGUUAUUUAGAUAUUUCGGAUGGUGGUGCAAGAAAUCCGGGACGAAAAUGUCAUAAAUUGAUGAAUGAAUGUGAAAUGGGUUUAGCUGAUUGUGAUCCGAAAGCAACUUGUAUUGAUAUGACACAUAGUUUUACAUGCAAAUGUCCACAUGGUUUUACCGAUAAAUCACCGGAUCCGGUUAAUAAGCCCGGUCGAAAUUGUUCCAAAUUGAUUAAUUCAUGUGAUUCACCAAACUUUACCGGAUGUCAAUCAAAGGAUUCGAAAUGUAUUGGUACUAAGGAUGGUUUUGUCUGUCGUUGCAUUGAUGGCUAUAUCGAUUUGAAUCCGGCAAAUCCAGGAACAAAUUGUUCUAAAGCAGGUCGAGAAUUGAAUAUAAUUGAAGAGAAGGUUGAGAUUAUAAUUAAUUGGAAGGUGGGAAAGAUAGAAGAGCGGGAAAAGGUAAAAGAAAAGGUGGGGUUAACGGGUCGAGAUCAAUGA